GACGCGCCGAUACUCUUCUUCGUGGAAUUUGGAGGCACCUGUCCGGUCCCCGUCGAGACCAGCAGUGCAUCGCUGCUGAUACCCAGUGUCCAGUUAGAGAUCUCCAACUCGAGACUAGAGGGCCUGGUGGAAUCUCCUUAUCACACUGUGGGUGAAGAUGUUUACAUGCUCACUCCUGCAUCCUGGGUGCCAUGCUAUCAGAAGGAAAGGGACACCGAGCUUCAAAGACAAGACGCACUAGAUUGGUGUUAUUUCGGAGGGAUCCUGAAAGCACCACUAAGGAAGAAGGCAGGACGGUUGGACCAGGGACUGGAUACACGCAGGAUGGUUGGAUCUGCAGCUGCCCAUCACAGACACCAAACUUUGAGUCCAAUGAUACCUGUAGAUGGGGACAGAGUGGAGGAGAGAGAGAGAGAGAGAGAGAGAGAGAGAGAGAGAGAGAGAGAGAGAGAGAGACGGAGAGCAGCACAACUACUGGAGAGAAAGAGACAAGAACCGAGCGCGAUGAGGGUAAAUCCGGAUCUGGACUCCUUUCCCACCAUCAGCAGAAGAACCAAAGGAGAAGAAGCGCCAACCAACAACCAGAACAGGGUGGAAGCUCUGACACCACAGCAGCUGGAGGACACAGACCACAGCAUGGACGCCUCACUGACUCCCACAACGUCUGCAGCCAUCACGUUCUGGGCUCAUCAGAUGAACCAGCCACUACAAGCGUGUGUGUCUGACAGACACCUGCUUAUGACAAUCAGCAAAGGAAAACAAGGACAGAGCAACAGCAGAGAAGACGUGCUCUGACACAGACACUGGUUGAAACAACAGGAGAGGCUUCAGACGUGAUCGGCCCAAAAAAGCUGCAUGCGAGGAUCCAGGAAAGGUCUGUCAUCGAGGGACAACUGUCCCAUCGAAAGGCUUCACCCACUGGCGCUCACAUCAGACUGAUGGUUGGGGAAGGAGGAAGGUGACGGUUCCUUUUCACGUGACGUACAAGACGGUACCGCAAACACACACACACACAUUCAUACACGCAAUGAAGAAACACGCUUACAGCUGAUACACGCUCAAA